CUCAGUUACUCGAAACAUUGUGGUUAGAUAUUCUGUCCGAGCAUUUCGUCAAAAAUUAUAUAGAAGCUGAAGGUACUAUCAAAAAACAUUUCCAUCAAAAACUGUCGGGAGUGCAUUGAAUUAUCCAUCCAGAAAGUUUUUCUUUACUCGUUUAGUUGUUUGUGAGUCGUUUACCACUGUUGUCAGUUUUUUUUUAUGAUUGUAUUUAACAACGCGGGAAGUGGAACGAAGAGAAAAGUCUAAACGCUGGGCUCCCUCUGAGGAAGCCGACAAGGUACUGGGCUUGAGGUUGGGAACGAGGCUGAUAAAAUUGACAUUUUCUGCAGCGAAACUAAAAAAAAAUCAGUUCUAACGAGGAUGGAGUUACCACGAUGCAUGAAAAUUUGCGGCCGCUUUGUGUGGUUGAUCCUCUGGUGGGCUCAGUUAGGUGUCUUUUGCUUUUAUGUUCACCUUUGUUGGGACUUUAGUGUGCUGGCAUCUAUGGCAUUUGCUUGGUUUCUCGUCAGCUGCAUAUUGAGGUUGGUACUAGGCCCGGUGAUUUUGUUGUUUUCGAAAAGGAAACCUCAUUAUGACCCUUACAUUUGGCUAGGGUAUACUGUUUUGUUUAUAGUGGAUUUUGUCUUAGUAUUUACACUGGUCGAAGAUAGGCUCAAUGAUGAAAGAUCUCCCAGACCAGUGAUUUUCGAAGCCGUACUGUGUAUCACACCACUUCUUCUUCUUCUAUUGUUGAACACGGCUGACGACAACGACGUCAAACGCCUCGGAGACUUCAAAUGGCUGUGUGCCUCUUUGACGCUACAAGUAUUCGACGCCAUCGAGAUGAUCGACAUCGCAGUCAGCGAAAAAGGAAAAGGCAGUGAGAUAGAUUAAGUAAAUGAAAUAGGGAUGAUUGCACUGGCCUGCACAAGCCUGCUUCUUUCCGCAUUGCAGCUUAUACAUUCAGUACAUUACAAGUCCACCGGUGCCCUUCGUGAUGGAAAGAAGAUUCGACUCGGCUUGGUGAUAACCGCAGCCAUAAUAAACUUUGUGUCAAUGAUUAUUCGAGUGGUUGUGUUGGUCGAGUAUGGGACGAAUGAAACAAUUUUCAUCGCCAAGAAUAUUAUCUCGAUCCUUAGACCAAGGAGAGAAAUAUGCAGUUUCACUGAUACUUAUCAAUCGUGUCCUGAUGAAAUACAACUUGGGUCUGAAGCAGCUUCCAGCGACAGCGACAGCGAUGAAGAGGAACCAUUUGAAAAAAAAUCUGAUAUUUGA